AUUAUCCAGGACCGACCGGUCGUGAGUACGUCGUUCUUUGAUUUCCUCCCUGCAGACCUCGGAAUGGCGUGUGCUCGUUGGUUCCAGCCCUCCUCCAUAUCUUACACACUGGCUCCUUUCGUCUCUCGAGGAGCGAGACUUCCCUCUACCCUGCGCCGCAUCUGCCUAUUCUCUUCCAACGGCCGAUCCCGUUCCUGCAAUACCAUGACCACAGCUACAGUAAUGGAGGUUUCUGCACUGGCAAGGCGAGCCCUUGCAUCUAAAGAGGACGAAGUAGCAUCUCCCGCUGAUCUCUCAUUCGAGUCACCUCUCAAAAUCGUGGAGUAUCCUGACCCAAUACUGAGAGCGAGGAACAAGCGUAUUGGUACCUUUGAUGAGAAUCUGAAGAAGUUAGUCGACGAGAUGUUUGAUGUAAUGUACAAAACCGAUGGCAUUGGGCUUUCGGCACCUCAAGUCGGACUCAAUAUUCGACUUAUGGUGUUUAAUCCUGUCGGCGAAUGUGGUGAAGGAGAAGAAAUUGUUCUAAUAAACCCCCGAGUCUACAAAUAUUCUAAGAAGAUGGUGCUUUUCAAUGAAGGUUGCUUAUCCUUUCCUGGAAUUUAUGCGGAUGUAAAGAGACCAGAAUCUGUGAAGGUUGAUGCUCGUGAUAUUACGGGUGCAAGAUUUUCAGUUAACUUGUCAGGCCUCCCUGCAAGGGUUUUCCAGCAUGAGUUUGACCAUUUGGAGGGAACUCUUUUCUUUGACAGAAUGACUGAAGAAAUUCUUGAGAAUAUCCGUGCAGAUCUACGGGCCUUGGAAAAGAAGUAUGAGGAGAGUACUGGAUUUCCAAGCCCUGAAAAGAUUGAUACCCGUAAAACACAGAAGGUAGUUGCUGGCUUUGGAAGAUCAUGAAUCUGAACACAGACUUCUAUUGGCUAACAGAUAUUAAUACCAAGCCUGAUGCACAAGGAAUUCCAUGAGGAAUUGGCUAAUCAGGAGAAGCAUAGACUGUGUUGCAUCAGCUUUGGGAUGUUUCAAAACCAUGGCUGGCUGGUUACAAGUUGGUCUUGUCAGAGUAGGAGUUUUAUCGUAUUCACAGUUGUGCAGAUGUCACUAUUUUACAAACAAAGAAAACAAUAGGAAUCAGUUAUUGGCUUAUUGAUAUUGUCAUUUGAAGUUGUUCAAUAUAUUAAAAACUAUAUGUUAUGGGCAUCGUUGAUGCAGAUUAAGGAACAUAAAUGGAAUCUCUCUUUCACACAUUAAUCGAAGAUGCAUCCUUUUAUUGCUGGCA